AUGCAUUCUAUGGUGCAUUAUCCUUCCCUCAUCCUUGAUUUUGGGGCUCCCAAUGGUGUCUGCUCAUCCAUCACUGAGUCACGACACAUUUCCGCAGUCAAACGGCCAUGGAGGCGCUCCAAUUGGUAUAACGCACUCAGCCAGAUUCUCCUCACUAACCAACAGUUAGAUAAGCUGGCAGCAAAGAGAGCUGUUUUGGAGUCUCGCAGCCUACUACCUCGGCACUAUAAACCAGCACCCAGUCCCUUCGAGACUGGGAACGAGGAUACGGGGGCUGUAGACGACAAUAUUCAAGUGGAGGUGAUCACAGCCAAAAAUCGAAUUCUCGGAUACCCACGUUCCCUUGAUAGCCUUUCAAAAUCCCUAAACCUCCCUGAUCUCCCUUGGCUCAUGCAGAAGUUUCUAUAUGAGCAAAUCCAUAAACACUCCUCAGAUAAUGUGAUCAUUGACGACCUUCCCAACAUUCGUUCCAAAGUCAACAUCGACCACUCAGCGAUUGCUCGAUUUCGGUCUCUGAGCAAUGAAUCAGGAAUUCAAGGAAUGUGCCAGGAAUGUAUCCGAGCAAGCCCUAGCUAUUGUGGGCAUCCAAGGUAUGAUACAGUUGCUGUUGUUGUGGAUCAAGACAAGCCAGGAUUCUGA